AUGCAUAUCCUUAUCGUUAUUUACUCAAUCGUUGAUCUCCAUCCGACAGUAAGAUUUAUCAAAAUGAAUUCAUCGAUUCUCGCUUUCGUCGUUGUUGUCAUUCUGGUCAUCAGUGAAAGCAAUGCACGAUCGGCCAAACGCAAAUUUCUUGAUGAAGACUCUGACGAUGAUUUCUUUGCAGACAAACGAGCAACAUCCAACACUGUCCAAAUAAUAAGCAGAUGUACAAGCAUCAUUGAGGGCAAGGAUGCAUUGGGCGGUGAAAUGACUGGUGUUCCUACCGGAAGCGUUCGCAGUGCUGCUGCUUGCGCUGUAUUAUGCGAAUCAUUUUCCGGUUGUGAUCACUGGUCAUUUUCCAAAGAGAGUGGUGGAUGUUGGCUCAAGGAUAAACCAUCACAAAUACAAGACAAUGCUAAUACGUACACAGGCACUUGUACCAAAUCAGCGUAA